UAUAAUUUAAAAUUUACAGUUCAUGGACAAACCUAUAUGGACUUGGGUCCUCCGAAAUUCACAUGUCAGGAUUGUGGAAGCACGAUGUGGUAUGAUGAAAGAGCGGCCAAAGCACAAAAAACAAAGAAUCCAAACUAUUCUAGGUGUUGCAUGAAAGGAAACAUUAAAUUAGACUUUCUCAAAGAGCCACCGACGUAUUUGAAAGAACUUUUAAGUUAUACGGGUGGAAGAAAGUCAGCAAAGUUUAGAGAACUAAUUCGGGCAUAUAAUUCUAUAUUUGCAUUCACAUCAAUGGGUGCUAAAAUAGACGACACCAUAAACUCGCGCCCAGGACCAUAUGUCUACAAAAUUAGCGGCCAAAAUUACCACAGAAUUGGAGGGCUGAUACCCCGUCACGGGAGCCAACCAAAAUUUGCACAACUUUAUGUGCAUGAUACAGAAAAUGAAGUCAACAAUAGACUCCAUUCUUUGAAAGGGGGAAAUCAAGCUCUGAAUACAGCCACUGUUCAAAAUUUAAAGGAGAUGCUUGAUGAGCAUAACGAGAUUGCCAAACUCUUUCGAAUGGCGAGAGAUAGAUUAUCUGCGCCACAUGCAAAACAAGUUCAUAUAAGAUUAAUUGGCACGAGAUCAAAUGAGUCGCGACAGUAUACAAUGCCCACAUCAACAGAAGUUGCUGGACUCAUUGUUGGCGAUUUGGGUCAAUCUAACGGAAGGCGAGAUAUAGUUAUAGAACACAAAUUUGAAGGUCUGCAGAGGAUAAAAGAAUUCCACCCUAAAUUCAUGUCAAUGCAAUAUCCUUUGUUGUUUCCUUAUGGUGAGGAUGGAUUUCACUUAGACAUGUUUUAUUCUACAACUAAUAAAAAGAAGCAAACGAUAACAAAACAGGUGACAAUGAGAGAAUAUUAUGCUUACCGAAUACAGCAAAGAAAAUCUGAAGCAAACACUCUCAUUUGUGGCGGACGAUUAUUCCAACAAUAUGUUGUUGAUGCAUAUACUGCAAUUGAAGAACAGCGGAUGCGCUGGUAUAGGAUGAACCAAACAGUCUUGCGCACAGAUCUAUACAAAAAUGUAUGCGACGCAGUUGUACGUGGAGAUACAAUAGCUGCUGCUACUGGAAAGCGAAUUGUUUUGCCCUCUUCUUUCACAGGUGGACCUCGAUAUAUGGUUCAGAACUAUCAAGAUGCCAUGGCCAUAUGCAGAACUUUUGGAAAUCCUGAUAUCUUCCUGACAUUUACUGCCAAUCCAAAUUGGCCCGAGGUCAAAUAUAUGCUUCAUGAAAUACCGGGUCAGCCUGUUGAAGAUAGGCCAGACAUAAAGACACGAGUAUUUAAAAUGAAACUUGACCAAUUAAUGAAGCACAUAGUAGAAGGACAAUAUUUUGGCAAGGUUCUAUCAGCCAUAUAUACAAUAGAGUUCCAAAAAAGAGGACUACCACAUGCACACAUUCUUUUAUGGAUGCAUGCAAGUAAUAAGUAUCCGACACCAGCGGAUAUAGAUAAAAUUAUUACUGCAGAAAUGCCUUCAAAGGAAGACGAUCCGGCCGCUUUUAAUGCAGUGCAACAAUUCAUGUUACACGGCCCAUGUGGACUUGCAAAUACAAAUGCACCUUGCAUGCCUGACGGUGUUUGUAACAAAAACUUCCCCAAGAAGUUUUGUGCUGAAACAAUAAUUGAUAAGGAUGGGUUUCCAACUUAUAGAAGGAGAGAUGAUGGAAGACAUGUGACAAAAAAAAAUGUAAAUCUGGAUAACAGAUAUGUCGUUCCAUACAAUAGAGAUUUAUUGCUAGCAUUUCAAGCACAUCUGAAUGUUGAAUGGUGCAACAAGUCCAGAGCUAUAAAGUACCUAUUUAAGUAUAUCCACAAGGGCCCAGAUAGAGCAACAGUUCUAAUAGAAGAAAAUGUUUCAGGCAACACAGCAACAAAUGCAACGCAAAUAACAACAGUUGAUGAGAUCAAAACAUUCUUGGAUUGUAGGUAUGUAUCGGCGUGCGAAGCAUGCUGGAGGAUAUUUAAGUUUGAUAUACACUACCGAAGUACGGCUGUUACGAGAUUGAGCUUCCAUUUACAGGAAGAAAACUCAAUCACUCUAAGAGAUUCAGAUCAACUGAAAGCCGUCGUUGCAAGAGAACGGAUUCAAGAAACGAUGUUCACGGAGUGGAUGAGAAUGAAUUCAAUGAACCAACAGGCGCGCAAGUUAACAUAUUCUGAGUUUCCCACAAAAUUUGUUUGGGAUAAUGGAAUUAAAAAAUGGAAAGAGAGGACGUUUGGAAAUACAAUUGGAAGAAUCUUUUAUGCACACCCAACAUCUGGUGAGAGGUAUUAUUUGAGAAUUUUGUUGAAUAUUGUUCGAGGGCCAAAAAACUUUGAAAGCAUUAAAACCGUUAAAGGGGUGACAUAUGCAACUUUCAAAGAAGCAUGUUAUGCACGUGGGCUAUUGAAUGAUGACAAAGAAUGGAUUGAUGCAUUCAAUGAAGCAUCACACUGGGCCACAGGUUCUCAAUUAAGAGAAUUGUUUGUUGCUGUUCUAUUCUUUUGCGAGGUAACAAAUAUAGCAAAGCUAUGGGAAAAUAUUUGGCAAAUAUUGUCAGAUGAUAUUGUCUACAAAAAAAGAAGACUCUUUCGCCACUAUGGCUUGCAACUUAGUGAUAAACAGAUCCAGUCUUACUGCUUGAUUGAAAUUGAAAAGAUUUUGGUAAGAAAUGGAAAGGAACUUUCUGAGAUUGAUGGAAUGCCAUUACCCGAUGAUGCAUCCUUGGCGGCCAAGGAUAAUCGACUUAUUACAGAAGAACUUAAUUAUAAUGCUGACGAGUUGAGGAAAGAACAUGAAAGAUGUCAUCAAUUCCUAAAUGACAAGCAGGUUGAAGUAUAUAAUCAUGUUCUAAAUGCUGUCAAUGCUGAUACGGGAGGAUUAUACUUUGUAUAUGGCCAUGGAGGAACAGGGAAGACUUUCCUAUAUAGGACGAUCAUAGCAAAACUAAGAUCGGAAGGAAAAAUAGUACUUGCUGUUGCGUCUUCGGGUAUUGCAUCGUUGUUGCUUCCUGGGGGAAGAACAGCUCACAGUAGAUUUAAAAUUCCUUUGGAAAUCUUCGAAGACAGCACAUGUUCAAUCAAACAGAAAACUAACCUUGCAAACUUGAUGAUUCAGACUGAUCUAAUAAUCUGGGAUGAAGCACCAAUGACUAAAAGAUUAGCAUUUGAAGCUCUUAAUAGGACACUACAAGACAUAAUUGGAUACAACAGACCAGAGAAAAAAGACCAGCCGUUUGGAGGGAAAACAGUUCUUCUUGGAGGAGAUUUUAGACAAAUACUUCCUGUUAUACCAAGAGGGCGACGACAUGAUAUUGUGCAUUCAUGUAUUAACAGGUCUGAUUUGUGGGAUGAAUGCAAAAUAUUUAUGUUGACCACCAGCAUGAGAGUGACAGAUACUACACCAUUAGGAGAACAACAUAUGUCAGCAUGUGAAUUUAAUAAGUGGCUCCUUCAAAUUGGUGAUGGAAAGGUUGAAGCAAAGUGUAGAGAUCAGGAAGAGGUUGCAUCAUGGACAAAAAUACCAAUUCAAUUUCUUAUCGAACCAGCCGAUGAUCCGUUGAAACAAAUUGUCCAAAGCACAUAUCCAGAAUUGAGUAAGAAUUUCAGGAAUGAAGAAUAUCUCAGAGAAAGGGCAAUACUCACUCCUCUAAAUGAGACUGCUGAUGAGAUAAAUGAUUACAUUGUUCAGUUAACUGAAGGACCAAUAAAAGAGUAUAGAAGCUCAGAUGAGAUUGACAAGACAACUGACAAUCUUUCAGAACAAGAACUCAUGUACCCUGUAGAAUUUCUAAACUCCAUGAAGAUUAAUGGAUUUCCUAACCAUUGUUUGGAACUAAAAGAAGGAUUGCCUGUUAUGUUAUUGAGGAACAUUAAUCCUGCAUUAGGAAUGUGCAAUGGGACGAGGCUAAUUAUCACACAUCUAGGAGAUUGGGUAAUAGAGGCAAAAAUAAUUACAGGAUGCAAUGUUGGAUCAAAGGUAUUGAUCCCGAGAAUUGUUCUCACAUCUGACGACUCUAAGUGGCCUUUUCAAUUGCGCAGAAAGCAAUUCCCAUUGAAGGUAUGCUAUGCAAUGACGAUAAACAAGAGUCAGGGUCAGUCGUUAAACUACAUGGGAUUAUAUCUGCCACGACCUGUAUUCAGUCAUGGACAGUUAUAUGUGGCAUUUUCAAGAGUUACUUCACCAAAGGGUUUAAAAAUUCUGAUUAUUGAAGAAGAUCAGAAUUACAAGCAGUACACUAAAAAUGUUGUAUACCAUGAGGUAUUUAGUGACCUUCCGCAAUGUACAUAUGGUUGA